CUUUCUGUUUGGUCUUAUCAAGCUUCAAAAUGUGAGACAAACACAUCCGUCUGCAUCUGUAACUAAAUAUAGAACUUUCGGAGUGGUCAUUCGCACCCGAGGAUAUGCGACUAUGGACUCACCAGAGGUAGGAAGCACGAAUGAUGCUCCACGACCCCAGCUUAAUCUACCUGCGAGUUGCGAUCCGCCCCGCGACAAUGCGCCACGGAAGCAAUUGGUAUGGAUUAUUUUUGGCGGGACCGGCCACAUGGGCCGGUCCCUUGUAAAAAGCGCUCUUGCAAAGGGGGACCUCGUAUGCGCCGUGGGCCGAACCUUUGAGACCGCCCCCGAGGCGAUGGCCGAACAUCAUACCGGGCCAAACUCUCUGGGACUACUUUGUGACGUGCGCGCCCGCGAUUCGGUGGCCCGGGCCGUCGAGCGCUGCUUGAACCACUUUGGCCGCAUUGACAUCGUCGCCAACUGCUCGGGGUACGGCGUGAUCGGGGCCUGCGAGGACCAGGAUGAGCACGAGAUCCGCAACCAGUUCGAGACGAACUUCAUGGGCACCCUACACAUCAUCCAGGCCUCGCUGCCAUAUUUCCGCUCCCAGAGCGCCGGCCGGUAUCUCAUAUUCAGCUCGACGAGCGGCGCGCUGGGCGUCCCUGGCCUGGGACCGUACUGCGCGACCAAGUACGCCGUUGAGGGCCUCAUCGAGGCCAUGCUGUACGAAAUCGACUCGUUCAACGUCAAGGCCACGCUGGUGGAGCCCGGGCUGGUGAGGAGGGACGAGCCGGACUCCAAGGACAAUCCGCUGCCGACCUGGGGCCACUUUCUGAUCAAACCCGCGAGCGAGGCCUACGCGCAUGCGACGAGCCCGGCGCUGCAUGCGAAGAGGAUGGUGCAGUGGCUCGGCGACCGGCAGCCAACAAGUGCGGUCAAGUGCGCGGAGCUCGUGUGGCAGCUAGGCCAUUGUUCGUAUCCACCGUUGAGGUUAGUACUCGGGAGCUAUGCUAUCGAGAGCAUUAGGGAUCGGUUGCGAAGCGUGACUGAGGAGCUGGAGGACUGGAAACAUCUCAAUUUCCCUCCGGCGCAGGACGAUCUGCGGGAUGACACAAGUAUUACGGUCGCCACGGAUAGGCUUGAUAGGGACAGGGACGACGACGAUGAAGGAGACGAGGACGGAGAUCACGAUAUGACCUGAUAGCAGGCUACAGUUAUGUCUUCCGGGUUGACUUAAUUUCCUGUAAGUACAACAUAGCACAUUGAUUCGUGAUGGCAUAAAUUAUGAAUUUGAUUAGAAGCUUCACUAUCGGAAUAACAAAACCGGGUUUUUUUUUAAAAAAAAAAAAAAAAAAAAUUUCAGUCCC